AUGGCGAGCCCAACUCCCUCCGAAGCUGCGACCUUGGCGGAUUAUGAUCUGUCUAAGACGAUCAUUCCUUACCUUGAUCGCCAUCUUGCGUUCCCCCUCCUCGCGCACCUCGUCGAGACGGGUGUCUUCCCCGUUGAGCAGGUCCAGCUCGCGCAGUAUGAGUUGGCGAAGGGGACGAACAUGUUCGACUACGCGGCGUCGCUAUUCGAGCUGUCGCAUCCUGGGGAGGAGCCGCCAUCAGAAUUCAAUGAGAAGCGCGAAAAAGCCGUGUCGAUGAACGAGCGGCUGCAGCUGGAGGCGCAAGCAGUUCUCGACGUGAUCGAGAAACCUGAGGUGGCGCAAUCCUUGAAGCAGGACAAGAACCAGAACUUGCAGUACCUGAAGGAGAACUACAACCUUACCCUUGACCAAAUAUCAGCCCUGUACAACUUCGGAAACUUCCAGUUCUCGUACGGCAACUACAGCGGUGCAGCAGAUUACCUCUACCAUUUCCGCGUCCUCUCCACCGAUCCCGACCUUCUGAUCUCUGCACACUGGGGCAAGCUCGCGUCCGACAUCCUCACGGGUCAGUGGGAAACAGCGCUCGAGGAACUCAACACCCUCCGCGACACGAUCGACUCGAGGGCAACAGCCUCGGCUGCCCUUUCCGGCGGUGAAGGAUCCCUCUCCCCUGCGCUCAACCAGCUGCACUCGCGGACAUGGCACCUUCACUGGUCCCUCUUCGUGUACUUCAAUCACCCACAAGGGCGGACGCUCUUAUUGGAGACCUUCAUGGCACCAGCGUACCUGAACACCAUCCAGACGUCCUGCCCAUGGAUCUUGCGCUACCUUACCACCGCCGCCAUCCUGUCCUCCAGCCGGAGAAACCAGGCAGUACCCUCACGCGUCAAGUCCGCGCUGCGCGAGCUGCCGAAGAUCAUCACGACGGAGGAAUACCAGUACAGCGACCCCAUCACCCGCUUCCUCAAGGACCUCUAUGUCGACUUUGACUUCGACAAGGCGCGUGACGAGCUGACGGUGGCGGAGAAGGUCGUCCAGAACGACUUCUUUCUGCAGGAGUUCAAGGACGAGUUCGUGGAGUGCGCGCGUGGGUUGAUCAGUGAGGCGUACUGCAGGAUAUACGGGCGCAUCGACAUCAGGGAUCUCUCCGAGCGUCUCAACCUUUCCCCCGACGAGGGCGAGAAAUGGAUCGUCAACCUCAUCCGCGAGACGCGGAUGGGCGCCGACGCGAAGAUCGACUUGGAGAAGAACCAAAUCACCAUCUCCCGCCCCGCGCAACCCGUCUACCAGACGGUCAUCGAAAAAACGCGCGGCCUCGGCUUGCGCAUGCAGGCGAUGGGCAUUGGCCUCCGGGGUAUUCAGGGCGGCGCCCCUGCCCCUCAGCAGGCCGCGGCGGCCGCCAGCUAA